GCUGAGGCGGCAGAAAGCGAACGACAGCGAGAACAACAACGCGCUGAGGCGGCAGAAGGAGAACGACGGCGAGAACAACAGCGUGCCGACGAGGCAGAACAACAAACCCAACCUACUUCGCUCGACGAAUACAUCGCUGCCUGUCAUUCCCUCGUUUACACCAAAUUUACUGUCGAAACUGACCGUAGACUGACCUCCAAGGGUUCCAUUACAAAUCCGCGGGAUAAGUGGUGUCCGACCAAUCUCCAGCCAUGGCCCAACUUCCUGCAGCAACAGAGCAUGGUAUUCGGCACCCUCUACAGCACUUUUCCCGUCCACGGACGCCGCUUCGAGAGCCGAUCGUUUCUGUCAGGCCUAGGCAACAGAAUCGCGAAGCGCAAGAUCACUGACGAAAAGGCCCUCGAGUACUUCCUACAUAACAGCGUCGAGGACCCCGUUCGAACGAUCAUGGACGAGCUCAAGGAGGUGGAAAAAGUCAAAAGCGCGUUCGAUCUAGGCAACGGAAUCGUCUUCGAGAACCACCCGCAUGCCAUCAGCGACAUAGCCGAGGAAGUCGUUGACCGCAACGUCCCAUCGACACCCCCCUCCACACCGCACAACAGCAAAGUCAACCUCAAACAGCUACGAGCCGAUCAGAUCUGCGUCUACCGAUCCGAAAACGACGACGACUCGAGUAGCCGUUCGAUGCUCUACGUUUCCGAAUAUAAACCACCGCAUAAGCUUGCUGCGCCGCAUCUUCGCCUCGGUCUGCGUCCGAUGAAUAUAUAUAAAGAGGUGGUCAACCGAAAGACCAUCCCCACAUCAGUUGACCCAGACGCGCGGUUCCAGUAUCAUGCGGAGAGACUUACGGCAGCCGCCAUCUCACAGACCUAUCACUACAUGAUCGAAGGCGGACUCGAGCACGGCUUGUUGACGACGGGCGAGGCGAUCGUGUUCUUGAAGAUUGACUGGCGCGAGCCCGAGACACUCUUCUAUCAUCUAGCGGAGCCGUCUGCGGAGGUGGAUGCUCACCCCGAGCAUCCCCACCUCUGUACGGCAGUUGCUCAGUAUCUGGCCUUCAGCCUGAUUGCUCUUGGUAUGCCAGGCGAGCGACAGCCACAUGGACAGGAUGAGCGGCGCCAAGCUAUGGACAAGCUGAAGACGUGGGCGGAAGACUUCGAGACGACGCUACGAUCAGUUCCAGACGAAGAAAGGCAGCCACCGGAGAGCUCGCCGGGAUACGAACCGAAGGCUUACAAGGAUAUCGACAGAUCUUGCUUCAUCCGAAGGAAGAGGCGAGGACAUACGAGGGACGGACAUGCCAGGGAGCAAGUAAGGAGGGACACGGAUGAAUCAUCUGAGGACGAGUCGAGACGGGAUAUACCAGACACACCCACUCCAAGGGAGCGGCAGACACGCGGAAGGGACACCGAAAUCCGGGGCGAUCAAGGUAGUCAGGGAACCCGACGCAGUGAGCGGAUCCUAGCGCAUCGGCCUCGAGAUAGUGGAGAAAGGGGAAGAAACGACAAACAUACGCCGUAUUGCACCCAGAAGUGCUUAUUGGGGCUUGUUAGCGGCGGAGUCCUCGACUCAGGGUGCCCAAACAACUUCUUUCACAGUAGGAAGCCGAGCAAUGGCCGCCGCCACGACCACAGCAGUAACCGCCCAGAUACUCAUCAUCCAAUCAACCACACUAGAUUCGUGAAGCUUCUCAGAGAGCAGCUAGAACAGACACUAGACGACGGCAUAACACCUUUAGGACAAGGCGGUGCGCGGGGAGUCAUGUUUAAAGUGAGCCUGCUUGCAUAUAGCUAUACCUUUGUCAGCAAGGGUACAGUACGGGCAUUCAUCAAAGACCUUGAGCACGAGGCAGCCGUUUACGAGCGUCUACGGCCUAUCCAAGGUACACAUGUGCCUGUGUUUCUUGGGGCCAUUGACCUCCGGCCGCUGAACAGGACUUAUUAUUACGAUCACCGAGUCUACGUGGUGCAUAUGACAUUUCUGUCGUGGGGAGGACAUGAUCUCUCUACGAUAGAGGGCGUAAGCGGUGGAGAUUGGCACCUGGAAGCGAUGGCAAUGCAGUCAUUGGGUGCAAUUCAUUGUCAGGGUGUUGUGCACAAAGACGUGCGGAAGGAAAACAUGGUGUUUAAUAAGGAGAUUAACGGGAUCAUGGUGAUCGACUUUGAAAGGGCGCAGCUCUUAAGACCACCUCGGCGUGCACUCACGCAACUCGUGCCGAACAAGCGCAGAUGGACGGCGGAGGUUCUAAAGGGCAGCAAGUUGACAAAAAGGCCAACAAAGCAAGUUGAACCUCAGGGAAUCUUUUCGGGCGAUAUUGAGAUGGUAAAGAACAGGCUUGGGAAGCAUUCCACUUGGAAGCCAAGCUUGGGAAAUUGAACAUCACUCUGCCUUCUCAGCCUGGCAGGAACUGCUUUAUCCUCUAUGUAAGAUAAUUGUAAUAGUUUUGUUCUCGUCUAUCGCAGCUCGGCCUCUCGGCAUAGCUAUGCACCAUCACAACAUGAGAGUUUUAAACUUAACCCUACAACUAGACUUAGACUUACAUACAUACAUGCAUAGUUUAUUACGCCCCGGCUAAGCUAUUUAGGGCUCGUAUGGUUAUCUUCAUAUUCUCCACCUACGUUCAUAUCCUUGCCUCCCAGAAGCCCAUACAAGUCCUGUCCGUCUCCGUAUGUGUCAUCUUCAGUUUUACAUGCCAAUGCUGCGGUUGCUCGUGGGGUUAAUAACAGGCCCUCUCGGAGUUGUUUCUCAAAGUGUUCGACGUCCUAUCGUCGA